CUGUCUGUCAUUGUCUGGACACCUUCUGCAAGCAAGGACGUGUCCAGGGUCAUCCUCUGUGGAGAGAGAGAGAGAGAGAGAGAGAGAGAGAGAGAGAGAGAGAGAGAGAGAGAGAGAGAGAGAGAGAGAGAGAAAGAGAGAGACAGAGAGAGAGAGUUAGACAGAUAGACAAAGGCACAGUAGACAAGAGACUGAAGGUGAUAUAGGUGAACUAAUUAGACAGCAGCCAAGGUUGUGAGACAGACAGACAGACUACGAAGAUCAUCCUUCCUCUCAUUGACCUGCGAGGCCGUGGAUUAAGACUCUGUCUUCACAGGCAAACGUACCGGGUAGAAGGUCACCAUGACAACCAGGACAGUGAUGCAGCGGGUGCAGGAAGAGCAGUCCUCCCAGAUGUCCCACAGCAUGCAGCUGUCCUCCCAGAAGAAGAAGAAGACCUUCACUUCCAGUGAUGAGGAGGCCUCCUAUGCCGACUACUAUCCCAUAAUCCCCGGCAACCUGAUGUCCGUCAAAGAGAUCCUGAACAUCGGGAAGUCCCCUUGCAACAGAACAUGGGAGGUCCUGAGAGAGACCCUGGCAGCAGAUGGACAGCAUCACAGGGACAAGUGGACCCUGUUUGGGAAUGAGGCAGAAAAGGUGGAGGUGGAAGUCAUCAGGAACCAGCAGCAAGUACGCAAGAGAGUGGAUCGCCAAGCGCUGCGCAGACAGGCAGAGCAGAAGGCAUCUCUCCACCUGCAGUUCCUGGAGGACCUGAGCCAGAAGCCUCCAGCCUUCUCUGUCCCCCUGAGGGCUCACUCUGUCUGGGAAGGCAUGGGGGUCACCCUGUCCUGCACCCUGCAGGGCCACCCCGCCCCCUGCCUCACUUGGUACAAGGAUGGAGAGCCAUUGAAUGCUUACAGGCAGCCAUGGAACCACAAGCUGCUGCAGAAGUUUGGACUGAACUCUCUGGAGAUCAGGAGAUGUUCUGCAGAGGAUGCUGGGGAGUACAAGGUGGUAGCCAGGAGCAUUCUGGGAGAAGCUACCACCUUCGCUACCCUGGUGGUCAACUCCCACCAGGCAGUAGAGGCAGGACUGCAGCGCUCCUGGACCCCUGUUCCUGUGGCGGAGGUGGAAGCAGGGUUUGGGAUGUGCUUCGGCCCGUCCUGGGUGAAGGAGGGCGACUCUCUCACCCUGCAGGUGACCUUCUCCUCUGCCCUGCUGCCCUUCCAGCAAGACCUGCUCUGGUGCAGAGAUGGGGUGCAGCUGCGUGCGUCCAGCCGGGUGGAGCUCCAGACAUCCCUGCAUGGGGCCUCCCUCACCCUGCAGGGGGUGCAGAAGGAGCAGGAGGGCUGCUACGCCGUGCGCCUGCACACCAGGGAGGGCCUGAGGGAACACAGGGCCUACGUCUGUGUCAGAGAUGCUUCUUCGGUGGUCCCCGGGGGGCCAGGUGCCCCUCUCUGCCUCCAGGUGUCGGACGUUAACAGGGACUACGUGUUCCUCACCUGGCAGCCUCCCAGUGCUGAGGGCUCCAGCCCUGUGGAGGGAUACUUCAUUGAGAGGUGUGUGGUGGGCUUGGGCCAGUGGAGCAGGUGUAACUCUCAGGUCCAGAGGUUGUGCUGCUAUCCUGUGAUUGGUCUACAGGACAGCACUAUCUACCAGUUCAGAGUGUGUGCUGUCAACCAAUCAGGUGUGGGCCGCGCCUCCAAGCCCACUGACGCAGUCAUCACCACUGACCCCCUCGAGCCCUCGAGGACCAUGGUGGUGAAGGUAGACAGAGGGAGGGAGAUCAUCAUCACCAAGGACCAAUUAGAAGGUCAGGUGCGUGUGCCCCUCCCUCCCACAGGUGUGUAUGCCUGUGAUGUCAGCAACACCUACCUGGUGCUGAGCUGGGCGGAGCCAGAUCCGCGCGGACGAGAGCCACUCACCUACUAUGUGGAGAGAUCAUUGGCAGGCAGGAGCAGUUGGCAGCUGGCCAGUCUGGAUCAGACUGUGUUGUCUCCCAGGUUUCCUGUCUUUGACCUGCAGAGGGGCGUGGCCUACGAGUUCCGCGUGCGUUCAGUCAACAAGUAUGGCGUGAGCGACCCGUCCACUCCCAGCCCCCCCCUCAUCCUGGGGGACGCCCUGGCUCCCCCUGCCCCGCCCCAUGGCAUCCAGGCUGUCAGAGACUCUGAUUUGUCUGUGCUGCUGCAGUGGGAGGAGCCUGCCAAGAUAGAAGGCAUUCUGGGAUACUACCUGUACUACAGCGAGGCAGGAAGGGCGGAGUGGCGCACAGUCAACAACAAGCCGCUCACCACCACCAGGUUCACGGUGCAUGGGCUGAAGGCCCAGAAGGAAUACGUGUUCCGGGUUAAGUCGGUCAGCCGAGCAGGAACCAGCCGAUACUCCGACGAGUCCCCUCCCAUCCUGGUGAAGUCGGCCGUCUACGUCCCUGGCCCCCCCUCAGCCAUCGCCCUGCUGGUGUGCCGCGCCUCAGAGAUGGUGCUCAGCUGGAGGGCCCCCGCCUGCAGUGGAGGAGCCCCCGUGGGGGGGUACUACCUGGACCAGAGGGAUCAGGAGCAGCAGCCCUGGAAGGAGGUGAACGCCAGGCCUGCCAGGGAGAGGCAGUACACGGUGUGUAACCUGAGUGAGGGCGCAAGCUACCAGUUCCGUGUGUUUGCUGCCAACGUGGUGGGUGUCGGCCCAGCCUCCCUCCCUAGCCCCGCCUUCCUGUGUGAGGACUGGAGCAUGGAGGAGCCAGGUCCUCCCUAUGAGUUGGAGAUCAGGGAGGUGAGGAAUGAUUUGCUGGUCCUGCUAUGGGCGCAGCCCCUCUACGGCGGACAGAGCCCAAUCACAGGCUACCUGCUGGAGAUCAGCGAGGGCAGCCAAUCAGAGACCUGGACCCCUGUAAAUCAGGAAGCAAUUCCAGACACCUUUUUCAAGGUGUCAGGUCUGAAGACUGGCCACACCUACCGCCUACGAGUGUUAGCUGUCAAUCAGGCUGGAGUGGGCUGGCCCUCCCUGCCCAGUGAACCAAUCACAGCACAGACUUCUCCAGACACCAGAGAUGUGGAGGUGGGCGUGGACAGCGACGGUUUCCUCUUCCUGUCCUGGGAGGGGGCGGAGCCUGGCCAGCUGGCGUGGAGGAGGAGCUACAGGGAGGAGGUGGAGGCCGGCAGGGCCAGGGUGGAAACCAGAAACAACAGGUGUGUCCUCACCUUCCUGGAGGCGUCAGAGCAGGACCUGGGUCUGUACACCCUGGAGAGCAGCGACCCCACCACAUCCUCCAGCUACACCUUCACUGCAGAGGAUCUGGAGAGACUGACUGAGCUGAGCUGGAACAUCAGAAACCCACUGAUUGGCCUGCGUAGUGGCUGGCAGGUGGAGGUGGGGGAGAAGGGGGGGGUGCGUCUCUGGAUGCAGACGGAGAGACUGACCAGCGCAGCAGAACUAUGCCUCAUCCUCAACGACAGAGAGAUUUCCAGCACCGCGACCCGUAAGGUCACCCUGGACAGGGAGAGUGGGGUGGUGGAGGUGCUGCUGGAGCCACUGUGUGAGCAGGACCAGGGCUCCUACACCACUCAGCUCCAAGACGGCCGAGCCAGGAACCAGUUCACCCUGCUGCUGGUGGACCAGAAGUUCCGUCAGACCCUGGCUCAGUCCCAGGCUAACAGACUGGACUACCAGAGAAAGUCAGGCCCAUACUUCCAGAAGUUUCUCUCCUGGCUCAUUACAGAGCAGUGUGAGCUCAUCAUCAGCUGCAGGGUGACGAACGUCAACAAAGACACAGUUCUGAGGUGGUUUAAGGAUGGAGUUGAGAUCUCCAGCGCUGUGUAUGACCCAUCAUCUGGAGACAGCUCUCUUACCAUACCCCAGGUGACCAGGAAGGAGGCAGGUACCUUCAGGGCCGAGGUGUCUGACAGCAGAGGACAGGAUGUGAGCACCCUGGAGCUGCUGGAGGAAGAGUACGACAAGCUUCUCCAACACCUGAGCAAACAGUGUGCGCUGUCGGCCAGUCCCCUGAGGGUUCAGUGCACUGCUGAAGGCUUCAAGCUGUACUGCACUCUCAGAUACUACCUCAGCUACAUGAAGACCAGCUGGAGCCUCCAGGAGAAGCAUAUUGAGCAGGAUCCGAGAGCCAAGCCGGGCAGCAGCAUGCAGAAGCUGUGGCUCCAGAUCCUGGCUCCCACUGAGAGCGAUAAGGGGAAGUACACUCUGGAGAUGUCUGACGGGCAGGAGACACACAAGCGCUCGCUCGACCUCUCUGGGCAAGUGUUUGCAGACGCGUUGCUGGAGUUCCAGAGGCUGAAGCAAGUGGCAGUGGCAGAGAAGAAUUGCGCCAGAGUGACAAAAGGCCUUCCAGAUGUUGUUGCCAUCAUGGAGAAUAAGUCUCUGUGCCUCACCUGUUUCGCUGACGGGGACCCCGCCCCGGAGAUGUUCUGGCUGAGGAACGACCGGGAGAUAGUGUCGGGGGGUCAGUUCUCCGUCACCAAGGAGCCCAAGUCCAGCACCCUCACUGUCAACAAUGUGACGAGCCAGGACUCCGGGAGAUACAGCAUCUUUGUCCGCAACCAGUACGGCUCCCAGACAGUGAACGUGACUGUGAGCGUUUACAAGCACGGGGAGAGGCCCCCCCCGGACGCUGUGGAGAUGGAGUGAGAGAGGGAGGGGGGGGGGGGGGGGGGGG